AUGCCCCCCUUGGCCUCCCUCUCUAAGGACUCGUCUCCGCCGUCGCCGCUGCCACCUACAGCAGCGGCGAAGCACAGUACGAAUGCGGCGGGCAAGGCCAAACCCCUCCCGAUGCUGACGUCGCGCACCGACCCCGUCAUCUACCACGGCUCUAUCCUUUUAAGUAAUCUUCCGGUGAACUACAAGAAGGUGUACAACCACACUGUACGCCGCUUCUUCACACCAGCACAGCAUCAGCAUAUGCAGGACGUGCGGCUGGUUGAGGAGAUUGGCAACGCAACACUCUGUGUAGAGGUGGACAGCAGAGCUACCGCGAAGCUCUUCUUCCGACAGCUGCAGAACCGAAGGGUGUACGGCAGGCGCUGGAAGGUGCAGUAUGUCCCUACAUCGGCGACGGAGUGUAGCUCCGAAGCGUGCCUGGUGGAUUGCUUCCUGGUACCACCCGCCUCGAAAAAUCUGGCAGAGCGUGCGCUGAGCGGCAUUCCUGGAUUUCUUUCCUUCAUCGACACACUGGAUGAAUCGCUGCCAACGACUGCAGUAGCGGCCGCGUCGGAGGCAUCGCCCAUCCAAGACGCCGGCAAUGACAGCGACGCUGAUGGCAGCGAGGACGGCGAGGCGGAUCCUUACCAAGGCCAGCUGUGUCACAGGCUUCUUGCCUCGUUCGCAGACGAGGGUAGUGCGCUGCAUGCACGUGCCGUACUGUCAGGGCGCCUAGUAGGGACGUCUGGCGUGCGCAUGUUCCUCGAGCGCCGUUGUGUCAGUGGUGCGACUCAGUAG